AGACAGCGCAACUCAACAUUGAGUUGAGGCUGAGGCGAAGCAACAGCAAUGGAAGCGCCGUCAUUUGCUUAUUCCUCUCCAUCUUCCUGUUUCCUCCUUCGCAACAAACCAGUCACACUCACAAGAUUUCCCCAUUUUGGCCGUACCAAACACUCCAGGAGCUUCUCAAUUCGUGCCUCCUCUUCUGGGGAUUCUGUUGUGACGUUGCUUGACUAUGGUGCUGGCAAUGUUCGGAGUGUCAGGAAUGCUAUCAGAUCCCUCGGCUUUCAAAUCAAAGAUGUGCAAACCCCACAAGACAUUUUGAAUGCAAGCAGACUAAUCUUUCCGGGUGUUGGAGCUUUUGCUGCUGCCAUGGAAGUGUUAAGCAAAACUGGUAUGGAUGAAGCAUUAUGUUCAUAUAUUCAAAAGGAUCGCCCAUUUUUAGGCAUUUGUCUUGGACUUCAACUACUUUUUGAAUCUAGUCAGGAGAAUGGACCAGUAAAAGGUCUUGGCUUAAUACCUGGAACUGUUGGACGAUUUGACUCAUCAAAUGGCUUUAGAGUACCACACAUUGGAUGGAAUGCUUUACAAAUCACAAUGGACUCAGAAAUUCUGGAUGACGUGGGAAACCACCAUGUCUACUUUGUGCACUCUUAUCGUGCCAUGCCUUCAGAUGACAACAAAGAGUGGGUAUCCUCCACCUGCAACUACGGUGACAGAUUUAUAGCAUCUGUUAGAAGAGGAAAUGUGCACGCAGUUCAGUUCCACCCAGAGAAAAGUGGAGAGGUUGGUCUCUCAGUUUUGAGAAGAUUCUUGUAUCCGAAGUCAAAUGUGACAAAGAGGCCUGGUGAGAGAAAAGCUUCAGAACUUGCAAAAAGGGUGAUUGCUUGUCUUGAUGUGAGAACAAAUGAUAAGGGGGACCUUGUUGUAACCAAAGGAGACCAAUAUGAUGUUAGAGAAAAUACAGAAGAGAAAGAGGUAAGGAAUCUUGGCAAGCCUGUUGAGCUUGCUGGACAGUACUAUAAAGAUGGAGCUGAUGAGGUCAGCUUUCUAAACAUCACUGGAUUUCGCGACUUCCCCCUUGGUGAUUUACCAAUGUUGCAGGUAUUGCGAUCCACAUCAGAAAAUGUUUUUGUACCCUUAACAGUUGGGGGUGGAAUUAGAGAUUUUACAGAUUCAAACGGAAGGCACUAUUCUAGUUUGGAAGUUGCUGCAGAAUAUUUUAGGUCUGGGGCUGAUAAGAUUUCCAUUGGAAGUGACGCAGUUUAUGCUGCAGAAGAAUAUUUAAAAACUGGAGUAAAGACUGGGAAGACCAGCUUAGAGCAGAUAUCACGAGUUUAUGGGAAUCAGGCAGUGGUUGUUAGUAUCGAUCCCCGUAGAGUGUACAUCAAGGAUCCUAAUGAUGUACAAUUCAAAACCACAAGGGUUUCAAGUCUAGGUCCAAAUGGAGAAGAAUAUGCCUGGUAUCAAUGCACAGUUAAUGGUGGGCGAGAAGGUCGACCAAUUGGUGCUUAUGAACUAGCAAAAGCAGUUGAAGAACUUGGUGCUGGAGAAAUACUACUUAAUUGCAUUGAUUGCGAUGGUCAAGGAAAAGGAUUUGAUAUAGAUUUAAUCAAGUUGAUCUCAGAUGCCGUAAGCAUCCCAGUGAUUGCGAGUAGUGGUGCUGGUGUUCCUCAACACUUUUCUGAGGUGUUUGCUACAACAAAUGCAUCUGCUGCGCUUGCUGCUGGCAUUUUUCAUAGGAAAGAGGUGCCUAUUCAGUCAGUAAAGGAACAUUUGUUGAAGGAAGGCAUAGAAGUCCGAAUCUGAUCUUUGCACUUAGCCCGUUUGGAUAUAGGCUUAUUGAAGAUUGUUAGAGUUUGCAUCCAAACUUAGUAGUUAUGGGCUAAAACUAAGAUGUAUACUUCGCAAAAACAAAGCCGGUUGUAUUUUAUCACUUUUGUGUAAUUCAACAUUCUAGCUCCCAAAACUUUUUGGAUCAUGAAAAGCUUUUUGUACCUUGAUGAUGUUUUAAUACAUGGGGAAGCGGGUUGCCAUGUGUUCAAUCCCUCUGACCAUUUCUUGUUCAAA